AUGUCUGCCCCCAAUUCCACCCUCCGCCAAAGGAGUGGAAAGGAAAAGAACAAGGCUGUGGUCAAUGGAGAUAAAGUUGAAGAUGUGAUCGCCAACAUAUAUCAAGACGUGCAGAAGAAAACAUCGAGAGAAUGGGACUAUAAGGCGGCCCUGGCCAUCAUCACCGUCCUUGCGUUUGCAACUCGAUUCUUUGGCAUCAGCCAUCCAGAUGAAGUGGUUUUCGACGAGGUGCAUUUUGGCAAAUUUGCCUCUUACUAUUUGCAACGGACCUAUUUCUUCGAUGUGCAUCCUCCCUUCGGAAAGCUUCUCUUCGCCCUUGUCGGCUGGCUGGUUGGCUACGAUGGACAUUUCCUCUUUGACAAUAUCGGUGAAUCCUACAUCGCCAACAAUGUCCCAUAUGUGGCGUUUCGGGCACUUCCUGCGUUGCUGGGCGCCCUUACCGUCGUGGUUGUCUUCUUGAUCAUGUGGGAAUCAGGCUAUUCACUCCCGGCGUGCGUUUUGGCAUCUGGAUUGGUUCUUUUCGACAAUUCGCACGUUGGGCAAACCCGCCUGAUUCUGCUUGAUGCCACAUUGGUCUUCUUCAUGUCGCUGAGCAUCUUCUGUUACGUCCGGUUCUACAAGCAACGCCACGAGCCUUUUGGCCGGAAAUGGUGGAAGUGGCUUCUGCUUACCGGCUUUUGCAUGAGCUGUGUCAUCUCCACCAAGUAUGUGGGCACCUUCACCUUUGUCACCAUUGGAUGUGCUGUCUGCAUCGACCUCUGGGAUCUUUUGGACAUCAACCGCAAGGGAGGAGCAUUGGAUCUCUUCACGUUUGGCAAGCAUUUCGUCGCCCGAGCUGUGGGAUUGAUCGUCAUCCCUUUCUUCUUCUAUCUGUUCUGGUUCCAGGUUCAUUUCGCAAUUCUCAAUCGGUCUGGCCCUGGAGACGAUUUCAUGUCACCGGAAUUCCAGGAAACGCUCAGCGACAAUCUGCUGCAUCAGGCCUCGCUGGACGUUCAUUAUUACGAUGUCAUUACUUUGCGGCACAAGGACACUAAGGUGUACUUGCACAGCCAUCCCGACAAAUAUCCUCUGCGAUAUGAUGACGGACGUAUCUCCAGCCAGGGGCAACAGGUCACUGGCUACCCUUUCAACGAUACCAACAACCACUGGCAGAUCUUGCCCAACGAUCCAAUUUUGGAUGGAGCCCGUGCCGAUGAGCCCGUUCUCAACGGUGAUCUUGUCAAGCUUCGACACGUCGUCACCGAUACAAUACUGUUGACUCAUGAUGUGGCAUCCCCCUCCUACCCCACCAACCAGGAAUUCACAACAGUUCCCCUGGAACUUGCAGCUGGAGAGCGCCACAACGACACCUUGUUUGAGAUUCGAAUGGAGCAAGGAAAGAAAGGAGUGCCGUUCAAAUCCAUGUCUGGGCAAUUCAAGCUUAUCCAUUACCCGACCAAGGUUGCCAUGUGGACUCACACAUCCCCUCUGCCAGAAUGGGCGUACAAACAAGCCGAGAUCAAUGGCAACAAGAAUGUGCAGCAGUCAAGCAACAUUUGGUAUGUGGAGGACAUUCCCAGUCUCCCCGAAGAUUCUCCGAGACGUAUCAAGGAGGUCAGAAAGCCGAAACAUCUACCUUUCCUGGUCAAAUACAUUGAACUUCAGCGAGCCAUGUUUUACCACAAUAACGCAUUGACGGCAAGCCACCCUUAUGCAACUCAACCAUUCCAGUGGCCGUUCUUGUUGCGAGGAGUGAGUUUCUGGACUCAGGAGAGUACCAGGCAGCAGAUAUAUUUCCUGGGCAAUCCCAUCGGAUAUUGGAUUGCUUCGUCUUUGCUCGCUGUCUUUGCAGGCAUUAUUGCCGCAGAUCAACUGGGAUUGAGACGUGGAGUGGAUGCUCUUGAUAAACGGACUCGAUCUCGUCUGUACAAUAGUACCGGCUUCUUCUUCCUCUGCUGGGCGGCACACUAUUUCCCUUUUUACCUAAUGGGCCGUCAACUCUUCUUGCAUCAUUAUCUGCCUGCGCACCUGGCUUCGUGCCUGGUCACUGGAGCUCUGGUAGAAUUCAUCUUCAACGUCGACCCAGUGUUGGACCAGGAGACAGCUUCCACAAUCGCUUCCAAGAAGGACAAGGUCACUGGCAAGCUCUCGGACAAGACGAAACGAACGUUCCAAACGGCAUCGGACCGUCUCAAGGGACACAGCAUGAUUACCACUUGGGCAGCCACGUUUGUUGUCCUGGCCGCGGUAAUUGGCGGCUUCAUCUUCUUCUUCCCACUCACCUACGGCUGGCCAGGCUUGACUCCGGCCGAAGUCAAUGCCAGGAAAUGGCUAGGGUAUGAUUUGCACUUUGCCAAAUAA